AUGGACAUUCCCGAUGUCAUUUCACUUUUCCUUCCUUUUCGGUGUGCAUCCAUCAUGGCGGAAAGCGGUGAAGAGACUGAGAGGAAAAUUACAGUAACAGUCAAAACUCCGAAAGAAAAGCAAGAAAUAGAAGUGGAAGGUGAUGCUACAGUAAAGGAGUUUAAAGAACUUGUGUCCAAAAAAUUCAAUGCACCAGAAGAACAGCUUUGUCUUAUAUUUGCUGGAAAGAUUUUGAAGGAUGCUGACACAUUGGCACAGCAUGGAAUCAAAGAUGGCUUAACUGUUCAUUUAGUUAUCAAAUCUGCAAACAGAGGUGGUACCAACAGUGGGGCAAGUGAGACAAGCACUGCUGCACCAAGUGGUACAAGGACUAGCACAAGUACUAGUGGUGCAAAUGCUAAUAUAGGUGCCACUCCAUUUGGCAUUGGAAGCUUGGGUGGCCUUGCUGGUCUUGGUAAUCUUGGUAUGGGUUCAGCUAACUUCAUGGAGAUGCAACAAAGGAUGCAAAGAGAGUUGAUGCAGAAUCCAGAGAUGUUUCGUUCUAUGAUGGAAAACCCAUUUGUCCAACAGAUGAUGUCAAAUCCAGAGAUUAUGCGUCGCCUGAUCACCAGUAACCCACAGAUGAGAGAAUUAAUGGAAAGAAAUCCUGAAAUAACUCAUAUGUUAAAUAAUCCAGAGUUAAUGAGGCAGACUCUGGAACUUGCCAGAAAUCCCGCUAUGUUGCAGGAACUGAUGAGAACUCAGGACAGAGCUAUGAGUAACUUGGAGAGUAUACCAGGUGGAUUUAAUGCUCUACAGCGUAUGUACCGUGAUAUCCAAGAACCCAUGAUGAAUGCAGCCCAAGAAGGCUUUGGUUCUAAUCCAUUUGCUUCUCUUGUGUCUAAUGCUGCUGGCAACCCAGCCAGUGAGCAAGUUGGUAGAGAGAACAAUGAUCCUCUGCCCAAUCCAUGGGCUCCUAGGCCUACAGGUGGCAGUGGUGGUUCCACAGCAGGUGGAGGUAGUGGACCCACUCAGACAGACAGUACUAGUGGUGACUCUUCCACUCCUUUAACUGGCGGGCCAUUUGGUAUGUUUAAUACACCAGGCAUGCAAAGCUUGUUAACACAAAUGACACAAAACCCACAACUGAUCCAAAACAUGCUGCAGGCACCAUAUAUUCAAACAAUGAUGCAAACCAUGUCUGCCAAUCCAGAAAUGGCCCAGCAAAUCCUAGGAAGCAAUCCUAUGUUUGCUUCUAAUCCGCAGUUUCAAGAUAUAUUCUUCCAGUAUCUCCCCACCAUGAUGAAUCAGCUUCAAAACCCGCAGAUGCAAACAUUGCUGAGUAAUCCACGUGCACUUGAGGCUGUUAUGCAAAUUCAACAAGCACUGCAACAAUUGCAAAAUGAAGCCCCUGGACUUUUUCCUGGACUUACUGGGCUUACAAUUCCUUCAAGCACCACUACCAGCACAACUGCAACAACAACAACAACUACUGCAUCAUCAUCAGCUGCUGCUGCUGCUACCACAGCAUCAGAAACUACAACUACUGCUAGUACCACUACCACAACUAGCAGCACCACCAGUACCACUGCUACUACAGGCAGUACUGGAACUGGUGAAGGCACCACUCCUUUGACUGGAAACUCUAAUCCAAAUGCAGAUGCCUUUAGUAACCUUAUGGCCCAAAUGGUACAGAUGAUGGCAGGUGGACAGAUGGGCCAACCUCCUGAGCAACGUUUUGGCCCACAGCUGGAACAACUAGCAGCAAUGGGAUUUGUGGAUAGAGAAGCUAAUAUAAGAGCUUUAACUGCUACUCUUGGUGAUGUGAAUGCUGCUAUUGACAGAUUACUUCAGCAGAGAUGA